CGCUAUCAUUGUUUAACCCCUGUUUUGAUUAUUCCGUUACCUGAUUUCAACGUAUGUAUAUAUACUCUAUAUAGAUCGGUUAAUUCGAACAGGAAUCCGACCGGGCACAAUUCGCAAUAAAUGCGGCACCCAGACCGCAGCAGAGAACAUAUAUAUAGUACUUCUAUAUUCCCUGAGCAAAUUAUCGUUUUUAUAUUACUUAUAUAUUUGAUUUUAUUCUAUCAGCGUAUCGGAAUAUAUAUAGGGAUAUCAUUUUUUGUACCAAAGUCCUCCGAACUAUAUAUGUAUAAGUGACGCCAACGAAAUCUGACUUCGUUGGUGCGACGCGAGGAAGGAUAGAACCAAUCAGCUGAUCAGCCGGUAACAACAAAGAGCUCCACGCUUGUAACUUGUAAGCCGGACACGUGCCAGCAUAACGUACCUGAGAACGGAAACAAAGAGAAUACAUAAUUGUGUUGUAGUAGGAAAUGAGAACUGAACAUUGCCAAUUCGACUGCAAAGUGCAAAUAAAAAAUUCUCUCCUUAGCAAGGAAUCGAAAUACUUAUAUAUUCUGAUGGAAUAAUUAUAUGUAUAAUUCUGGGGCAGCCUGCUUUAAGCACGGGCUUUAAGACACAAUAAAAUGGAUUGUCAACAAGAUUUGCAAACUAAAAUACCGUCGACUGCUGUACCAAUCAGAGUGACCAAUGCCUUAAAUCCGAGUUCUAUAAAAAUAUACUACACGCAGGACUUUACAGAAAGAUUGGACAAAAUAAACAACCAGUUACGAGUACACAUGAAACAUAGCAGAAGAAACAAACUAUCUUCAACACUGGAGCCCCAAAUCGGAGAUGUAGUAAUAAUAGAAAAUGAAUUGGAAAGUGAUACAGAAAUACCAGUUUGGUGGGUACGCGGAUUAGUCGAACACGUGAUCCCAGAAACAAGGAAAUAUAAUAUUUAUCUUGUUGACCUUGGACAGACCAUAACAGUGGAAAGAGAAAAACUCACUAUCAUUCCAAAAACUUUAAUAUCUGAAGAGUACUUGACUUUUACAGUUGGAAUUCAUGCCUUAUUGCCUUCAUUGCCUGAAGAUAAUUUAACGAAAAACAUAAUUCGUUUGGGAGAAAAAUGGAGCGAUUACACUUUGGACUUCAUCAACGAUUGUAUUUCAAGUUCGAGUGAUAUUUACUUUGAUUAUUUAGCUGUGGAUGAAAAUGGGAAAAAAUGGGGAGAGGUCUACUUUGUUAUUGAUGAGGAUGUUUUCUGCCUCAGUGAUACAUUGAUCUGCUCUGGACAAGCGAUUUCAGUAUGUCGAGGUUUCAAUGAAAUGUUCAAUGACAGAAGAGAAGAUGCUGAAAAUGCAAAAACAACCAUCAACGGUGGUCUUGUUAUCGACGUUGGAAAUAUUCUUGAUAGAUGUAAACACUGUCAGACUGCAAAUGAAGAAAUGACAUGUGAAAAUCUUGUAAAGUUGGAAGAGCGCAAUUUUACUCGUCCGAGAAAAGAUAAAAAACUGCGUUAUUUCGGUGAGGAUUGCGAAGAAAUGUUAAUCCGGUCGAAAAAUUAUUGCGAGCGAUUGGUCUACAUCGAAAACGCACAAUUUCCUUCGCGGAUUCACGUCGCACUCAAAAAAAUGGAUAUUAUCGCACUUCGAAGAAUACAAUCUUACAUGUGGCCAGCAGUUGGCAAAGGACUCAACGUUGUUGCGGUUGGUCCUUCCAAAUGCGGAAAAACUAUUGGAUAUAUUUUGCCAAUUGUCAGCAGUAUAACAGUGCGGAAAACGAUGACAAAAGGUCCACGUCCACUGAUUCUGAUUCUGUGCUCGUCAACAUCAGAUGUUCUCAAUACGAGUGCGCUCUGCAAUGACUUACUGGAAGCGUACACCGACAUUCGUUGUGUAGCCGGUUGGAAUGGCCGACCGGACAAAUCUAUCGUCGCUGAGAUCUACAAUGGAUGUCAAAUAUUGAUCGCCACGCCCACGUAUCUCUUCCGGUUUAUUAAUCAAGACGAUGGUCACAGGAAAUUGAUUAAUUUUGAUCAUCUCGCACAUCUGGUCAUCGACGGUUUGGAUCUUAUAUUGGAUAAAUACUACGAUCCGUUUAGACAAUUGUUGGGGAAAUACAUGAAAAUUGGCAAAAAAGAACAUCUCUCAUGGACCAAGGAACCAGUGCAAAUAGUGGCAGUUGCUCGUCACUGGUCAUCGCUCGUUAAGUCGUUUACCAACGAAUGUGUGAUCGAGCCUUAUGUGUGCAUCGGUUCCUACAUAGAAGCUGCGAUAUUUGGUUGUGUAAAACCAAAUUUGUUGAUCAUCCAGGAAAAAAAAAAGAUCGAAAAAGUGUCAGAGCUACUAAAUGACGACGUCACAACGGUGAAAACGAUGAUAGUAUGCACGAGUAGCGGCGAAGCGCAUGCCCUCAAUGGACACCUCUCAAAAACCAAAAAAACUCUUGUGGCGUGUGAAAAAAUGAUAUUUUCGGAAAUUAAUGGAGUACGAGAAAUAUGGAAAGCCAGUGUCUACGGAAUGUACCCGGUGCUCAUUUGCACGGAUGAAGUUCUCGUCGGAUUAAACAUCACUAAUAUUGAUUGGCUUGUUCACUUUUCGUUAAAUUUACCAUCAAAAACACAAUUUUACUUCCGGUUCUCGACUCUCAUGGAUAAUUUGAAAAAGGAAAGUAACAGAUGCAAAGUAACAAUUGUCAUCGACGAAACGAACGACGUACAACUUUACGGCGUUGUGUCAGUCGCUAAAGACUGUGGCACCAAAAUACCGACGAAGUUUUAUAACAAUGUCCUGAGGAUUGUGGCGAGUCUUGAUCGUGCGAAAAAAUUGUAUCCGAUUUGUGACUCGGUCAAGGCGUUUGGUUUUUGUCCGAGAAAGCAUUCCUGCCCGUUUCGACAUUGCGUUAUCGGUGACGUGGAUAAGCCAGUAACGCCGAUCAAGAUCGGCGACAAAGUUAAGUUUAAUGUCACGUACGUGCACAACGCGACACAUUUUACAGCCAGAAUUAUGGAGUACAGAAAUCCUGACGGAAAUGUCGUGAAAUACUCGGCUAAGGAGUACACCAAAAUUUCGACGAUGAUACACACGUAUUAUGCCAACAAACGCAAUAGACGCUGUCAUAGAAAAACACAAGUUGGCGAUAUUUGUGCUGUCGAAGAAUCGUUGGACAACUUUUUAAGAGUCAAAGUACUAAACGUGGUAAGAAAAAACGUUGAAGGAGCUGCGAUCGCUGUGGAAUUGAAAUGCAUCGACACGGGUGCUAUUUUGCCAGCAAUAAGUGUUACGCGGCUAAUGGAAAUACCCAAUGAUCUCGCGAACCACGACACCCACAUAGUUGAAGUAUUUCUGACAGGUCUUGUCCCAUAUGAUGAUGAAUACGAAUGGAACGUUCGGGCAAUUGACGACGCCCUAAAUUGGUUUCCCACCAAAAAUAUGCCCAAUUCGUUCGUACUUGGCACGGUGCGGCUGCACAUUGCCGAUACAUUAUGGGUCGAUCCUUUGGAGAUUCACACGCCAAUAAUUGGGUAUGCUGACUUGAUAAAUUCGUCAUUGAAAUCUCACAUGCUGCAACAGAAGCACGGAGUACCAGCAAAAGAUCAUUUGACCAAGUUGUACGAGCUUUGUGAGAUAGGAAAUUUGAAAAUUGACGAUAUGGAUAAAAAGUCAUCGAGGAUCGAAGAUGUCAGCGAAAACGAGGAUAAUUAGGCAUAAGAAACUGUAAAUUUGUAGUCGAAAUGCGCCUCGUUGGUAUAAUCCAGAAUUUCGAUAUAUUUCUUUAAAAAAAGUGUUUUUUCUUGUUGUUCCUGAACGACGUGAUAUUUUUCCGCUGAUUCGAUUUUAGGAUUGUAAAAAUAAUAGCAGAAUGAUAAACCAAUUUUGGAAAAAAGAUAGAAAUUUCGGUUAAUUUAAAUGAUUCAGAGUUUCGUGCAUAAGGAACGCCGUUCAGUAUUAAAUUCUCUAUUUUUUUUUUUUUUCGUUCGGUUUCUAGGCGUGAGGUAUAAAUGAGAGUUAAAUAAAAUAAUGUUUAUUUUUAAUCGAUUUCGACAAGGACUGUUAUGCCGCCUUGGCAUACUUUUUGUGUUUAUGAACUAUUUGCUGUAUAUUUACAAUCGACUGUUACAAAGUUCCCAUUCAUUUUACGAUAUCACAAUAAUAAAGAGUCUUUGUCGGAUAA